ACUUUGCACAGAGUUUGCUACCGCAUACUUAGUCAGUCAGUUUCUGUCUCUCGAGCAGAGAAGAUAGUCCUAACCAAUAAGUCAGCGGUAGCUCAGAGGUUUUAGAAAGCAGUUUCUCGCAAUAGUGUUGCAGAACUUAGAAGAAAGAUUUGUGUCAUCUUUUGUUCGUAAAUCCAAUAAGUGAAUGAACGUACAACUAGCAGCUCAUCCGUUUGUCGUCGUUGUCAACGUCGUCACCUCUGCGGAGCAUAGGUAGGCAUACAGCGACGGAGAAGACGUGAAGAGAAAGAAAGACAAUUGUGUUUAACAAAACAGCUGUGGCUGAGACUCCAACAACAUGUCCAUGGCCAUGUCAACGGAGGAGAAGAUCCGACACUACCAGAGGAGCAUCGACAGGUCCGUCGAGGACAAAGCGAGGCUACUUCACUGCAUUAACGUGCUAUCCAAAUUACCUGUAACUGUACAACAUCUACAGAAUACUGGUAUUGGGCGUACUGUGAAUGCUCUAAGAAAGAUUGAUGAGGGUGUGGGAGAUGCAGCAAAAUGUUUGGUGUCCAAAUGGAAGUACAUGGUUGCCAAUACCGAUACAAGUGAAGAUGAAGAUGAAGCUUGUGUACCAGAUGUUCCAGAGAGUUAUGAUUCACCUGAAUGUGAUUGUGAACCAGAAAAAAGCUCAAAUGAUGUUCAAAUUAAUGGACCAGUAGCUUUGAGAGUAACACCUCCAGUUGCCUCUUCUAUUGUUUUCGAUGAGGAUAGUCCACCAAAUUUGCAUAGCCAUUCAGCAAACAAUGACAGGAAGGUAGAUUCCGAUGAUCAGAAUGAGGAGCCAGAAAAGACUCAUGAUAACCAUAAUGAUGAUACACAUGAAGAAGAGCAAACCACAAGCCACAAAAGUAGCAGUUCAAAAGAUAAACAUGCAAGUAAAUCAUCCAAACACUCUUCUAAGUCAUCAAGCAAGGAUAGAAGUUCAAACAAAGAAUCCGAUAAAUCCAAAUCAACCCAUAAGCAUACAAGUAAAUAUGAUCACAAACAUAAACAUAAAUCUUCCAAAAGUGAUAAAGACUCUGAAAAUAGCGAUCACAAAUCGAAAGAUAGAAGCAAAAGUAAAUCAGAGUCUUCCCAAUCAUCUUCUCCUUCCACAAGCAAAGAGAAAAAACAUGGAGAUGAAAACGAAAAAAAACGAAAGCACGAUUCAAGCUCCAGCGAUGAGGAGAGUUGCAAAAAGAAGAAAAUGAAAGUAUCAAGUGAUGAAGAAGAUAUGGACACGGAUAAUUUUGUGAUAGGUGCCGAUCGUUCAUCAGACGAUGGAAAACAAGAGGAUAUCGAAGUAGUGGAGGAUCACAAGGAGAAAAAACGAUCGUCGAGUAGUCAUUCUAAAACGAAGGAUUCUAGUCUUAAAGGCGAAAGCCAAAGUGAUAAAUCCAAGUCGAAAGAUGAACAUCGAAGCAGUAACUCAAACUCCAGCAAAGCCAAAUCGUCCAGUGAUACAGUAAAAAAAGACGAACGGCAUUCUACAUCCAAAUCUGAUGAGCGUGGAAAGGAAAGUAAAAGCAAGAGCGAUGAGCACCGCUCCAAAGAAUCAUCCAAGUCGAAAACAUCUCACAGUUCCUCUAGCAGUAGUAGUAAAGAUAAGGAAAACGAUAGAGAUAAGGACAAACACGGCAAGGACAAGGCAAAAGAAUCAAGUAGCAAGAGUCAAAAAGAUGAUAAAGAAAGGAGCAAAAGCAAGGAUAAGGAGCAUAAAGGUAAGAGUAAGGAUGAACAAAAGGACCACAAGAAACACAAGGAAAGUAAUGAUAGCAAAGAACAUAAGGAGAAAAAUAAAGUGAAGAAGACUGCAAGUGGUGAUGGUGAAAUCGAUUGCAAUUCAGGUACAAGUUUUGCAGAUGCUCUUGGUAUGUGUACAAUGCUUCCACCGUCAUCUAAAAAGAAAAAAGAAAAUACCUCCUCGAGCUUACCAAAGUCCAGUAAAACUGAAAAACACAAUAGUUCAGGUUCAUCCACGCCGACGAACAAUAGAGCUUCAACUAGUAAAAUAAUCAGUGAACCGCCAAAUAGUUCUGACGCUUUACCGCUACUAUCGCCGAACAUUAAAUUAGGACCUCUUCCAAUUGAGAAGGAAGUAGAUAUAUCAUCUACCUUAGCAGAGCCCAGCGUUCGUUACGAACCCUUACCUCCAACGUCUAAAAUCUGUCCUAUUAAACGUAAAGAAACUGAAGCCCAUUUGUUAUCUUUAGCUAUCUACGCCAAAUCUGCAAGGACAAAGGUGUAUUCAGGAAACAAGACUGGUUACACAAAUGUACCUACACUUUACGACAUGUGCAUUCGCGUGCUGAUUGAAAACAUCGAUGCUCUCGAAUACACUGGCGGAGUACCUUACUACAUCAUAAAACCAGUUCUGGAGCGAGCCACGCCUGAUCAACUAUUUAUGCUUGAGCACCAUAACCCGUACUUAAUAGAAGAGUCGGGCUCCCUGUGGCAAUAUCAUUGUAACAAAGACUUCAGGAAUAAACACAGAGAAGAAAUGGAAAGUUGGCGAGAAAUGUAUAUGCGUUGCUUAGACGAGCGAGAAGCAAAAUUGAAAGCUUUAACUGCUAAUAUAAAGCAAUCUAUUGAUAAAUCCACUCCUGUACGAUCGACAAAACUCGCGUACGUGGACAACGUGGUAAAGCCACCACGCAGUGUUUUACGCAAGCAAGCCAAGUACGGAACAGCGAACACCUCGAGCAAAUCCUCGGACAUCAAAAAGAAGAUCAUCGCUGCAGCAGCUGGACCGAGCAGCGAUGCUUCGUCCAACGUGCGAAUCUCCGUGCCUCCUCCACCUAGUUCGCGCGCGCGAAUGACCUCCUCCUCUACCAUUAAGAAACAAAAGGCUCCACUCAUGGCAAAGGCGUUGCAAGCCAUUAGAGGACGAUACAAGCGAUAGUACGUAAAGCGUACAUAGCUAUAAAAUAAUAAGUAGCGUUGGAAGAGCGAAAGCAACUCGUCGAAGAAUCGCGUAUUUAUAGAUGUAUUUUUUAAUACAUAAAUAAUAUGUAAUAAUUUAUUGUUGAAAGAAUCACACGAUAAUACCGUCAACAGGAUCGGUUAUUCGUCAUUUUCGUUUCGGCAAUUAUACACAGACAUGCAACUUGAAGUAUAAAACCAUCGAAGAAAUCGUAUUAUCUGGAUGGUUGUAUUAUGGAGAAUAUUUCUGUGCAGAAAAUAGUCAAAAUUAUAUACAAUGCCCUGUGAUUUUUAUUCUAAGAAGAUGUUGUAUGUACCUGUACAUAAAACGAGAAAAAGUUAAUCAGUUCUUACUAAGAGAUAUAGACUUUUGAAAUAUAACUUAAUAACUUUGUCAACGUAAUAAACUGUUGAUAAGCAAUUGAAAGUCGUUACUAAAUCCAUUCUGAUACAGAUAAUGCAUUUGAGCAAUUUUUAGAUAGUUAGUAUUGAAAUAUACGUAAAAUCUAUGAAUUUUCAGAACGUAUUUAAGAUUACUUCUUGCAUAGAAAUGUUUUUCGAUUAAAUGAGCGUUAAUAAUAGAUUCAAAAGUUGCCCAACGAACAAAAUAAUUAUCUUGCUAUGCAUGCGCAGCUAAUUCUUCAUUUUCAUAAAAUUAUUUUAUGAAAUUUGUCAUUUUACCAAAUUUAUUGUUUUGUACAUUUAAUACAGCGGUAUUAUUUUUACGAUGCAAAAAUUAAUUUUAUCGCGGUUAUAAUCUGAAUAUUGAACAACACAAAAGAAUGUGUUAUUUUUGAUAAAAAAAAUGAUAUCACAUAGACUUCAAAUACUUAUCUCAAAUUUUUUAUACGUAUAACUAGUAAUUUUAUUUAUAUAUAAUAUUACACGUACAUACAUAAAUUUUUUUUACACAAUACAUAGUAGUAUGACUUACUGAAAUCUUAGCCAUUGAAUUAUUUGAUGAAAUACUGAUGAAACGAUGCAUUUCAUCUGUAAAAUGAAUAUUGUCAAAUACCAUUUGUUAAAAAAAAAAAUAAUAAUAAAAAAUUGCCUUUUUACGUUGAAACCACAUAUUUAAUUUGCGAAUACCACUAUCCUUCUUUAUCCUUCUUUAUCCUUCUUUAUUGCUUAAAAGAUACGUUGAUUACAAUAACAAAAAAUUAGUUAUUGCCCUCUU